AUGACUGUUGCUGUUGCUUCCACAACUAUCCCUGGCCCUGCCACCACCAAGAAAAAGGUCAACUUUGCCAACCUCGGCGUCGGUGCUGCCAUGAACAUGUUCGAGGUCACUACCCUUGGCCAGCCCUUCGAGGUCAUCAAGACCCAACUCGCCGCCAACCGUCAGGACAACAUGGCCACCGCCUUCAAGAGAAUCUACCAGCGUGGUGGAAUCGCCGGCUUCUAUCAAGGAAUGAUCCCUUGGGCGUGGAUUGAGGCUAGCACAAAGGGCGCCGUGUUGAUCUUUGCCGCCGGAGAGAUCGAGUACGUCGCUUUGGGCUCUGGCAUCUCGCCCUUUGCCGCCGGUCUCGUCGGAGGCAUGGGAGGCGGUCUCGCCCAGGCAUACACCACCAUGGGAUUCUGCACAUUCAUGAAGACCGUCGAGAUCACCCGUCACAAGGCCACCGGCCCCAGCGUCUCGACCUUUGCCGUCGCCUCAGAGAUCUUCAAGCGCGAGGGUAUCCGUGGUAUCAACAAGGGUGUCAACGCCGUUGCCGUCCGUCAGUGCACCAACUGGGGAUCCCGUCUCGGUCUCUCCCGUCUCGCCGAAGAGACCAUCCGCAAGCUCCGUGGCCCAGAGACCUCACACUUGCCCCUCACCGGCUGGGAAAAGAUUGCCGCCUCGGCCAUCGGUGGAGGUCUCUCGAUCUGGAAUCAGCCCAUCGAGGUUAUCCGCGUCGAGAUGCAGUCCCAGCUCAAGACCACAGGACGCCCAGAAAAGAUGACCAUCGCUAACUGUGCUCGCUGGAUCUGGCAGACCAACGGCUUGAAGGGCUUCUACCGUGGCUCCGUCCCCCGUUUCGGACUCGGCAUGUGGCAGACAAUCUGCAUGGUCGCUGGAGGAGAUGCCCUCAAAAAGUUUGUCAACGAAAAGUACGCCAAGCACUAA